AUGGCGCGGUGGUUGUCAUUCUUUGCAGAAUACAACUUUACGGUCGAGUACAAACCAGGACGGCUUAAUGUCGUCGCUGAUGCACGCUCACGUCGUCCCGACUUUGAACCAGUCGUGAAACCCAACAGUGAGGCAGUCACUGUUGCGGUUAUGACGUCCUCAGUCCCAUCUACAACGUUGCAUGAUGCUGUGAGGCGGGCAUAUGCCCAGGAUGGUGAGAUUGUGGAGCUGUUGACACAUCUCUCACAGCCAUCUCGAGAAUCGUUGAAACGAUUGUCGUCUGCGUAUCGAUCUGCAUCAGAUCGAUACACUACUCGCAACGAUUUAAUGUAUUAUACAGCCGUUACUGGUGACACACCACGUGUUGUCAUUCCAGAUGAUAAUGAUCUGCUUUUGCGGAUCAUGUUCGAGUAUCACGAUGCUCCUACAGGAGGACAUCGUGGCCGGGAGAAAACAUAUCUCACGGUGAGUCGAGACUUUUACUGGUCCCGCCGGUAUCAGUUUGUGCGCAAGUACAUUCGCGCAUGCGAAGUCUGUCAACGAGUGAAGUCAAGUCCUUCACUGCGUGCACCUUUACAGCCUCUACCGGUUCCGGCUGAGUGCUGGGAAUCCAUCUCAAUGGAUUUCGUCUUCGGGUUACCCAAAGACGCACGCGGGAAUACGGGUAUUCUCGUUUUUGUUGACAGAUUCAGCAAAAUGGUACACCUUGUGGCUGUACCAGAGUCAACCACAGCAAGUGGCUGUGCUUGUGUCUUUAUUGACACCAUCUUCCGACUUCAUGGGUUGCCCCGUGAACUCGUAUCAGACAGGGAUCCACGAUUCACUUCUGAUUUCUGGCGUUCCGUGUUCAAAUCACUCGGAACGCGCUUGAAGAUGUCGACAUCUGAUCAUCCAGAGUCAGAUGGUCAGACGGAACGUGCCAAUCGUGUCCUCGAAGAGAUACUUCGAGGAUACGUACACUCCUUUAAGAGUUGGAGUGAGUUCUUGCCAAUGGUAGAGUUUGCCAUUAACAACUCGGUGCAUGCGUCCACGACACAUACACCGUUUUACGUGAAUGGCUUACGCCAUCCGCGUGUACCCACCUUACUAGAGUGUAACUCUGAGGUCAUUGCGUUCGAUGCCGAUAUCGACAACAUCGAUAUCGAAGAAGAUGAUGCCAGUGAGAGCGAGGAAGCCCUCACUGAAGAAAAUACUGAUGUCGCUGCAGUGCACUCACAGCGCACUGAAGCUAACGAGCCAGCAGAUGAGUUCAUACUGGCUCGUGAAACGGUAGUCCGUUUUGUGCAAGACUCCAUCGCCGAAGCGGUGGACAAGCAAAAGCAAAACGCUGACAAGAAUGGAAGGGCAGACACUCUUUUAUUUAAUAAGGGUGACUUAGUCCUACUGUCUACGGUUAAUCUACCAAAGCAUGUAGUGACUAACGUGAGUAGUAGUAAACUUCUACCCAAGUGCAUCGGCCCAUUUCGGGUAUUGCACCGCCUAGGCAAUGCAUACACGAUCGAGUUACCACGUAAGAUGCGAACGCAUCCCACGUUUUACGUUGGUCGGCUUAAGCCGCACCAUCAGUACGCUGCUUCUUCCGAUGAAGAACGCCCUUGCUCUCAAGCAUCUCGCAGAGAGCCUUGUGCUCCCGAUGGUGGGCAUCAACAAGGGUCUGAAGAGCAGCUAUCUCAUCCCGAGACCGAUCAACAAUCCCACGAGCUGCCCUUAGCUCGUCACGAAGAGAUGUCAGAGAUCUCUCGUUCUCAAGCUGAGCAAAGGCAAACUCAGCUCGAUGCUUCGAGGCAGUGUCCGCCAUUUGGAGACGCCUGUCCCGCUCAUGUUCAAGAUCGUCGCGUAACCCUUGCGUUACGCGAUCAAAGAAGCUCUCGGGAACACACGCUUCCCCACGAUCGUGUGGAGAGCGUCUUUCCUCCUCCUCCACCUCCAUUCAAGGACUCUCGCGGUGGCCAGCGCUAUCUAGUUGAGCAGCUGUUGAACCACCGCGACGUGAACGGACGUCGGACGAGUUAUCUCGUCCGGUGGCGCGGCUAUCCCCCGUCCUGGGAUACUUGGGAGCCCCGCUUCCAACUAAUGGUUGACGUACUGGGUCUGGUUGAGCAGUACGAUGCGGCACAUCCUGUGCCGCAGAAGGACCGCCGAUGA